UCCACAAGAAGUCGUGCCGCGCCUCUGCUGAGAACGUUGUUCAGUUUGCGCAAGCUCUUUUCGCUCGUCCUCCCUGGUGUCCCGGCGACUUGCGAGCCAAACGUCCACCAUGGAAAAGGUCAAGCCCGGCGUGGUCAAGGUGGUGCAGGUGGGCUACAAGUUGGACGAGACGGCACACGCCCUGCCUGCCCUCCGCAUGGUGCUCGGAUACGCAUUUUCCUGCUUCUUCAUGAUCAUGGCCGUUGCCUCGAAAAUGGCGCAUGUGCAGUGCCUGUUCGUGGUUGCCACCAUGGUGACACUGUUCGUGCUCGAGCCGAUCCCGUACCAAUGCACGUGCAUGCUGCCGCUCUUCCUGUUCCCAAUAUCUCGUCUGCUCGUGGCCCACAAGCUCUUCGGCAUCUACAUGAACGACGAGAUCCUGCGCUCCAUCUCCUCUGUGCUGGUUGGUCUGAUCGCGCUCAAGUCACCGCUGAGCCGCCGCCUCUGCUUGUGGUUUCUGAGCGUGACGGGAGUGCGCGUGAGCCGCGUGCUUCUCUGCGUCAUGCUGCUGGUGUUCCUUGUGUCCAUGCUGGUGGACGCCACGAUGACCACGGGCAUACUGGCCGGCUUCGUGGACCCGCUCAUCUUCGAAAUCUACGCAAACAACCUGCGCAUUCGAUACGCGGAGCACGUCCGAGCCGGUGUCAAGGAAGCGGACGCCACCCUGACCGAGGUGGACUUCGUGUUCAAGCACCCGUCCAAGCAGCGUCGUGUGGUGGCCGGUGAAGCGCGCAUGGACGACACCGUGGAGGAAAUUACGCCGGAGGUCGAGCCAAUGUUCGCUGUCGACACGGAGGGAAACGUCCAAGAGGAGGUCAUGGUCGUCGGUCGAGACGAGGGCCAAGGACCUGCAAAUCUACAAGCCGAACUUUUGGAGAACCCGAUGAUGCGGCGAGAGCAGGUGUCCGAGGCGUUGCGCUCAUUUGGUAUUGACCUGCAGAAGAUGGGACUGAAGCUUGAGCUCCAGGACACCACCACGGACGCAAAGUCUUUGAAGGACACCCGAAGCGCAUUUACGCAUGCGUCCUCUGUCGGCGAGAAUCGGACCACCGACAGCCGUUUCAGCUUCUUCACCCCCAAAAGCGAGCCCGGUGACAAAUACAGUGAUAGAAGCAAUAUCAGCGGAAAGCUUGAAGUCAUCGAGAAAAAAAGCACUGAGCCUAAGACCAAGGCUAACCAGAAACAUAAAGCGAGCAACAAGGAAGAGCUCACCGACAAGAGUAAGGGCAGCGACGGCGAAACAACCAAGUAAGCAAGGAUUGCGAUGUCUAUGGAUAAAGUGGCAUAA